CAGGUUUGGAAGAAUAAACAUAGCAACGGGAAGACAGCUGAUACAAAAGCGUGAGAUCGCCAUAACACUACUGCAUUAUUUACUAGGACAUCGUGUAAUCUACUUCCCAGAGGUUCUUCCUAUCAGACCAGAAGAAGAUUUGUGAGCGAAUAGCCACCACACCCAACUUCCAAGAUGUACAAGUUGGAUCUUCCUGUGGACUUGAAGCAGGCUGCGGCCAUAGAGCGGCGGCGAAACAUGGAGAAACAACGCCAGAGCCGCAUCUUUAAUGCCAAGGAGAGGAUAAUUGGGGUUGAUGUGCAGGCAUUGGAACAGCAGGUGCAGGACAGAGCAGUCAGAGAGGAGACAGAAGCAGCUCGGGCAGAGGCCUUUGCUGCUGAUGCCAUUCGCAAUGACAAGGUUGUGGUAAUGAUGGAACAACGGCAGGAGCAGGACAUCCGCAACCUCAACAUGGCCGUCAACGACUUCCGUAAGAACUUCCAGGUUCCCGAGACGCGGCGUGAGUUUGACCUGAAUGACCCUGACGGCCUGAAGAAGGACAAACCCGCCCGACUGACCGAUGACGACCCUCGGUGUGGUAUCAGCGGGGUUCAGAAGUUGGACGGAGAGGAUCUCAACUUCACAGCCAGGAAAAAGUACCAACAGGAACAAAUGCGUGAGUGGACCAAGGCCCAGAUCAACGAGCGCAAUGCCUCGGACAUGAACCAGAAGCACGCGGACCUGCUGUACGAGAUGAAGGCGCGGGAACUGGACCAGCGCGCCUGCGAACUGGCCACGGCUGAGGAGGAGUGCAGGCGUCAGAUCAACAUGGCGACCAAGAACUUCAAUUUGGCACAGCAACGGGAAAAGGAGGAGCAGGAGGCCAUGAAGAGGCAGCAGCAUCAGGACGACAACUACACCGAGCUGUCCAACCACAUCUACGGAGACAUGCUGACGGAGAAUCCCGCCGUGGCACAGAGCGCGUUCGGCCCGCACCGCGUCAUCACGGACAGGUGGAAGGGGAUGAGCCCCGAGCAGCUGGCUGAUGUCCGUAACAGACAGGAGCAGCAGAGGCAGGAGAAGGAGCGCCUGGCCAUGGAGGAACGUCUGAGAAACGAGGAGUGGGACAAACAACGUGUGGACGCUGACCGAGCCGCCGUCAUCCUGGAGAGAAGAGAGGAACGUCUGAAGAAGGAACUCGAGAAGCAGCAAGCCCAUGAGAACCUGCGACUUGGUGCGGAGCAGAAGGCACACGUGGAUUUCUUGGAUAAGGAGGUUUACACCAAUGAACCAACAGCUCAGUACUUCAUGCAGUUCAACAAAACCAGUCGGUGACCUAGCUGUGACCUCUACCCCUUGACCUUCCAACCACAAUGUGCCUGAUGACCCAGAUGUGACCACUUGGUUCUGCCUGACCAAUACUAUACAGAGUAGCAAGUCAAAUAUUCUAUCUGUGCACAAGAAUCCAUAUUGACAUAAAGUUUUGCUUGUUCACUUGUUCAAAGAAAGGAACCAAGUGGUCAUACAGAUUACCCUAUUGCUAAAUAUCAGUAGACUUACGGGCUUGAUAAUCUAUUGUAAUGGUUGUUGUAAGUUGUACAUUUUAAUUCUUAUCAGAUUUCUUCAUCACGUAUUACAGUAGUAUUGCCACAAAGUGCAUAUUUCUCAAAUGCACCACAGGCAAUGUACAGAUUUUGUGAGCCAAAACCACAUGAAGUAUAGCAUAUGUCAAAUGUUAAUGUUCUACUAGAUUGCCUUAUAUUGUUGGUGGCAGUAUUGCUAUGUAGAGAUUUGUAAUAUUGUGCACCUCUUGGAAUACCGGUAGUAGGAAAAAAAAGGAAAUAAGUUUUAUGCCAUGUACAAUGUAAGUUUUCAGCUUUUCCAUUGUGUACAUAUGUUUAACACACUUGUGAAGCACAAGUGAUAUGAUGUUGUAUUCUAACACUGAAUAAAGGUGGUGACAAUACUGUAAA